UGAGAGGCACCUGGUGUGUGUGAAUAUUGUUGUGAGAGGCACCUGGUGUGUGUGAGAGUUGUUGAUCGUCAGUAAUGUAAACAAACAAUGGAAGGUGAUGAAGGUAGUGAAGAGUCUCUGGUACAUCAUCAAGAACAACAACAACAACAUGAACAAGACAUUAAAGCACCACAACACAAGAAGAUUGAUGUCUUGCUAAAAGCAACUGGUGAUGCUCCCAUCAUGAAGAAGAAGAAAUGGGCAGUAGAAGGUGAGAAGCCAGUUGGAUGGAUCGCUGAGUUCAUCCGCAAAUACCUGAAGAUGGACUUGAGUGACACUUUGUUUGUGUAUGUAAACCAAAGCUUUGCACCAGCACCUGACCACAUCGUCAGGAACCUGUACGAGUGCUUCGGAUCAGAUGGCAAGCUAGUUCUUCAUUACUGCAAGACGCAAGCUUGGGGGUGAUACAUCUUUCUUUAUUUAUCAUUAAUUUAUAUACUGUAUACUAUGUAUAUGCUAGUUUAUUUUUGGACAAGACAGAAUUUCUUCCCCUGAUAUAAGCUAAAUGCUACUCUUAGGCUGUUGAUCUUCUAUGAAUAACAGUUUGUAUACAAGUUUUAAAGUUUAGUAUAUUUUAAAACGAUGCUUUUUAAUGCAACAACUUAUUAUCUCUUUAAUAUUACUUAAAUGUAUAAAGUAUGAAGUCAAGUUUUCUACUUAUAGAGCUGGUAGUGUUUUGGUCUUUAGUAUUUAUGGGAAACUAGUCUUUUGUAGCCAUUAAUAAUAUCUUAUUAGUUUUCUUGUUAUUAUUUAGUCAAAGGUUUUAAAACUGUAAUUAAUACAAUUGUUAAAUUUAAAAAUUAUGAGGUCAGCUUGUUAAUGCAUCUGCCAUACUGUAUUCAAUAUUUAAAUGACAUAAUUAAUAAUAAUGUUUCUUUUUAGAAUUUCUUUAACACUUUCAUAAGAAGCUCUGUUUGUCUAGGAUAAUAAGUACAAGCAGAAAUAUUAGGUAAAAUUAGUGCAACCCUAUGUAAUAUAUUUAAGUAUGAAUUUUUGCAGAAAGCUUAAGUGUCUAUAUUAUUGUAAUGAAAUUUAUUAUGUACAAAUAUUGUAAAGCUGUGUAUAUAGAGCUUUUUCCUAAUGGGAAAUAAUCAUUGCUGACUUCAGAGUGAUAAUUUGGGAUCUUUUUUUUUUUUUAUAAAAACCACAUUGUAAACCCAAGGCAGAAGCAGAGACCACAGUCAACACGACUCGCAAAAUCAUAAUGACACGAUUGCAAAUAAACCAUACCACAGGCGGGGAUAGAACCCACUCAAAACAUUAUUGGUGGGAUUUUAUGUUAACAAAACAAACUGAAGGAGGGGUGUUAAUGUUGCAGUUUAAAAACUGUAGUGUAAAGCAUCCUUCUGGCAAGACAGUGAUGGAGUGAAUGAUGGUGAAAGUUUUUCUUUUUCGGGCCACCCUGCCUUGGUGGGAAUCGGCCAGUGUGAUAAUAAAAAAAAAAAACUGCACUUUGAGUGGAUGGGCUUGCAAUAUUGGACCCAAGAUGGUAAUGGAUUCUAAUAUGAAACCUCUGUAAUUUUUUUUUAACACGCUGGCUGCCUCCCAUCAAAACAGGGUGACCCCAAAAUAAAAAAGAAACACUAUCAUUCACACUAUUGCAGUCUUUGCAGAGGCGCACAUAUAUGACAGUUCAGAUGUUAUUCCAAAAAGCAAAUAUCUGGAACCCCCUCUUUAAAGUGCAGGCAUUGCACUUCCCACCUCAAGUUUGGCUAACUGGUCUCCCCGAAUCCCUUCACAAAAUAUUACCCUGCCCACACUCCAACAGCUUGUCAAGUCCCAAAAACCAUUAAUCUCCACUCCUAUCUAACAUGCUCAUACAUGCCUGCUGUAUGUCCAGGCAACUCUCUUAAAACUUAUACAAACAAGUUAAACUGCUAAGUUAUGCUGAUAUUGAUGAAAAAUAUUGUUUUGUCCUGUGUACUUGUCAGCUUAUAUAUUGAUAAAGGUAGUGUUUCUUAGGGGAAAAUUGGUCCUCAGUAUAAGACAUUACUUUAUUAUAUUAUGUUAUAACUGAAGAGUAUCUGAUUUUAAUGCCAUCUGAUAAUGUUGACAAUUAAUAAAAGAUCAACAAUUGA